UUGGGACCACUGGUCAAAUGUUGCUGAGAGUUCCUGAGUAUCUGGCAGAAACGAGGUUCAAAAAACUCCUUUUUAUUUUUAAGUAUUUUGAGAUUUUUGACAAUAGAGCCCUGAAGUGAAAAGUGAGGGAUGUGGGAAAGAUGGAGGCAGUCUAAAAGACUUCAGGGUGUAAAUUAGCAUUCUUGCUAACUCCACUGCUCUGUCCCCAUCAAAUAAACAUCAAUCCAUCUCCUUCCUCCCUAGGGUUGGAUUGCAGUGACAGCAGGCGAAAGGCAACAUCCUUCCUCUCAGCAUUGUUGUCCAACUCCUCCAGCGGGGAUCCCGAGGUGUUCCCAGGCCAGCUGGGUGAGGGUGAGACUUACAUAAUCUUACCAGAGAGCUCUUGAGUUUUACCCCCUGCUGUUUUCCCCGUUGAAUGUGCCUGGAAACCUCCAAAGGGUGACAAGAUGGAGGCACCUCAGCUGGAAUCUUUGGAGUGUCUUCUCUGAACCCCUUACCCCGUUUCUAAGGCCAGAUCUGGGCAUGUCUCUUAAUCUGAUUCUCAUUAUUUCUGGAGUGAAAAAAUCUUUAAAUGAGGAGAUUCAUUCAAAAAUGAUCAAAACAUAAAAGAUGAGAAAACUUCUGGUACUUCCUGUUUUGCAGGAAUUGGUGCAACAGUGAAGGCGUACCUGGUUUACUCAUAGUGAAUUAGACCGCCGUUAAUGUAGCAGUUUAUAGAAACGCCUGAACUUUCGGUAGAGGUAACAUCCUGUGUCGUGUAGAUUUUCAUUCCUAGAACCUCAAUCAAGUUCAAAAACACUGACAUGGAAAUGCUGAACUCAGUUUGACCUUGCUGGAUAGUAUGUUUCACUUCAUGCUGCAGAAACUGCAAAGCUGUUGCAUGCAUGAACUCACCCUGGUGGGUUCAUCACUUCGGAUAAGACAGCAGACACAGAGGAGUCCGUUUCUUAUAAAGACCACGCAAACCAUUGUGAAUACACUCAGGCAGGUUAUUUACAGAAUAUCAUACAUGUAAACGAGUAUUUAAAGACUCCUUGUGGCUACCAAUAUCAAAUUCUUGGUAUCAUGCGUUCGUAUCACAGUCUCCUUUCUCUUUCACUUAUCAUCGUUGUGUAACACGAACUUUUGGCGGCUACGACCUGUUUUGUAUUCUCAGACGAGUGUGGAGGCAGAUAAAGAAUCAUGGCCAAGAAAUUUUCCUUUAAAAAAAAAAAGUGAAUCAUUUAUUUUUGUGUCUUUUUAUAUCAUAGCCCACCUUCAUCAUAUCAUAUUGGAUAGAAUCCUAUCCCGUCCUUUGCGUCGCUUUAUUUUAUUAUUCGUAUUUUCAUCGUCUGCUGCUUUAUACGUCUACAACAACAUAGUCCAUUGACUCUGGGACUUUUUACUAAUCUAUACAUUUUUGGUAACAUUGUAGAUAUUGCUGAGUAUGGAUCUUGGCUUAAACUUGGAUGUUGAUGAGGUAUAGAUAAGUGAUGGAUAGGUAACUUCUCUUUUAUUCAUGUUGUUUGAAUGGCGAUGACGUCUUCACUUCAUUUUCUUUAAAACUCAGAUUCUGUGUAAAGUGACUGCAGCUGUUGUUUCCUUUAAAUGUGCUUGUUUCUUUACAGCAGUUCUGUUUUUUUUACAGCACAUCAUUACAAAAUUUCAGCUUUAAAGGUUAGAAAUAGUUUUGAAAUAGUUUCCUCACUUCUGCGUUAAAGUACGGCCACAGUUAGGACAUAAGACCUGACCAUGACUCUGCUGAUGUGUUGUCUUUAGGGAAGUUUGUUUGUGUGUUUGUGUGUUUGUGUGUGUGUGUGUGUGUGUGUGUGUGUGUGUGUGUGUGUGUGUGUGUGUUUGUGUGUAACAGCUGAUGUUGUUUUGAUAUCUGGAUAUCUGAACUUCGACCUGUGACACAAUCAGCUGAUUAACACCCAAUGUGUCUCAUGAUGAGCAAUGAAAAAAGGACUGGUGUGUGUGUGUGUGUGUGUGUGUGUGUGUGUGUGUGUGUGUGUGUGUGUGUGUGUGUGUGUGUGUGUGUGAGAGAGGGUCAGUAAGUACUCUUGGCUCCUGUCAGAGCUGGUGUUAGCAGUCUUACCUCCGUUUUAUUCAUCCUUUCAGACUCUCUUUCUGCAUCUCUGCAGCCUUUCGCUCUCACUGGCGUCUCUUGAAUAUUUAUUUGCUGUUUUGAACGCUACUUUACUUCCUUCCGCCGCUGGUCGGACUUGUCCCGAAACACUGACACAGGUUCAGAGAGAGUUUAAAGUCCUGCUGCUUAUUUUCAACGAUCGCAGCCUGAGAAAGUUGUUUAAAGCUCCUGUGAGGAGUUUUUUAAUGUUAAUAAACAGAUUUAAAUUCUGAAUGAUGUUUUUUCAUGCUAUAACAUAAACUGAAGCCAACUAAAAUUUUCACACAGGAGCUUAAAAAUUCCAAUAUAAUGAUAUUUUAAACUCCUGAUGUCGCUCAAGCAGAGUUUUGAUUUUAUUUUCAAAUACACAUCACUAAUAGAUUUGUGGCGUUAAUUAACGAGUCAGUCAAUUGAACGGCUCUUUGAAGUAAACAAUUAGAAUCAUUUCACUGUUGCAAGCUGUUCUCAAAAGCAAAUCGCCCACGCUGCCUUCAUGUGUCCUCUGUGUGCCCCAAACACCAGGGUGGUACAAUUUUGCCUUGACGUUAUUUUUACUUGAACAUUUUUAUAUAUAUUUUAGAUUAUUUAUCAUUUAUAUAUUUUAAUAUGUUUUGUUAAUUUUUUAAAAAAAUUCUACAGUAAAGUAUAGACAUUUUCUGUUGCCUGCGUAAUCUUUUAGGUGAGGGAAAAUUCAAAAUAUUGAUCUCACUGUCAAAGCAUGGUGAUAUGGUACCACCUUAUGGAAUUUUUACUAGAAAACACAAGCCAAAUAAAAUUAUGAUCAAUAAUUAAGAAUAAUUCCCAUCGAUAGAGUAUAUAUGGAGUAUAUUGGGUAUGUAAAUUUGAAAUAUUCUGAUCUUAUAACUGCUAUCAGUGAUUAUUCCCAUGAUAACUAAGUUACCCUGGGCUGACUUCUAAAAAAUAAACAAAUAUAACAAACAGGAACAGUCGUUUAGGCUCUUUGAAACGGGGUCCCCUCAGUGUCCCUCUGUCAGACAUUAAUCCCAUCUCUCUACUCUGCUGCCUCUAACAGGGCAACCUCUGCUUAUAUGAACUGAUCUAAGUGGGCGGGGUGAUGGAACUGUGAGGCGCUGCUCUGAUUGGCUGGGGAGAAGAAGGUACAUUUUGAGCCAAUAGAAAAGCAGAAGGGUCGCAGAACGAUCCGCCUACAAACUCAUCAGUGACAGUAUGACAGUUUAUUUUACCUAUUGGAUGCAGAAUAAUGUGAGCCAUCAAUAGAAAUCAUCUAUAUCAAUUUAAAUUUCCCGCCUGUGAUAUUGUUGAUGCUGCAGCUGAAGCGUUUUAUCCUUUCAAAAACAUUAAAGGAAUAAUGCUGGUAAUGACAUAAACCUUUAAACUCAUUUGAAGCAUGCAGCUGAAGUUAAAAUCUGACUUUAUUCCUACUCUCUCCAACUCUUUCUCUAAAAUAACUGUACACUUCAUGAAUCCACAGCGCUGAAUUCCCCCAAAAUUCACUUGAAGAGGGACAAACUGCACAAGAAUUUCCCCGUUGGUGGCAUUUUUGCAUGUUUUUAAACUGAAAUUCAAAUGUGGUUUUUCAUGAUGUGAUAACAAAAACGCAAGGACAAAAAUUAACCCCCAUCCUGCUGCUUUUGCUGCAACAGUUCAUCCAGCAGGUGGCACCAUUUAACAAAUUUUGUUUACAUCUGCAGGGAACUUUUUUUUGUGUGUGUGUGUGUGUGUGUGUGUGUGUGUGUGUGUGUGUGUGUGUGUGUGUGUGUGUGUGUGUGUGUGUGUUUAUUUUUCUGACACAUGAAAUCCUCAGGACAGCUUUUUGUCUUUCUCAUGGGAACAGGGCUUCAGUCUGCUUACCUGAGGAGAGGUCAGAUUUGGAUCAAAACAAAUGUAAAGAAAUUCAAAUUUAACAAAAUCAGAAACACUGAAUUUAUUCAAGAGAGGAAAUUUGGGCUCAGAGCUGCUCUGAUACAUCAUUUCAGUAGAACAAUGACAGUUAAAAGCUUUUAAGGAUAUGAUAUCAGAUAAGAGUGUUUAUAUAAUAAAGUCAAAUUCAACUUUAUUAGUAUGGCACUUCUCAUACAAAACAACAACAGCGACAAUAAAACCCAACCCUCCCACACAUACACCCAUGGACCCCACAAGCACACAAAGGCAAACACCCACCCUCACUCACCCAAACAUACACACACGCAACCGCACACAGUGUGAGAAUUUAAGAUAUAUUGUUAGAGAGACAUGAGCUGACACCGAGACAUUACGUGAGGAAAGAGCUACCUUUGAGAAAAGGAAAAGUAAAACCUGAUGGACUAAAACAAGAAAAUAAUAUUACAUGAACUUUACCGUGUAAAAAAUGGGUAAAAGAAGUAAAAAACUGUGACGGGAAUUAAGAAAAAGAUUAAGAACAGAGAUAAUUAAUAGAAUGACAUAAAAUAAACAAUAAGAACUUUGAUUAAAAUGAACAUUUGCAAUAAGAGAAAUAUAAAAUGACAAUUAUUGAAAAGCCUGGUUUUAAGUCAGUGAUGUGUACAACACGGUUUGAAACUCCAGUGAGGAACUUUUAUUUUCUUUCUCUUUAUUGUGAAAACUGUGAGUGAGAAAUGUAAAACAGAGCUGCCUUUAUACAUACCCCUUCGCACUAAUUUCAGGUUUUAAAAAUAUGCUAUCGAAUAUCAUAAAAAGGCAUUAUUAUGUAUUUCAGUCUAUCUCAUCAAUGUCCAAAAAUUCCUUACAGGAGCUUUAAGCUGACAAAUAAGUUUUUCUUAUCCUCUUGUAAAUAGUCAGUUUGUCUCUUGAGCUCUGAUUGGCUGGAUCUGCAGUUGGUCCGUAUAGAAAAGCAUCCUUUAACCAAACUCAAGGUACAGACUCAUCUGCGGAGCCUGCAGCUCAUUGCACUGCAGCGCCCCUUACUGGUGAUCAAGAGCAUCACUGCCCGUAAAAACUUUGUUCCUGGUUUGAUCAUAAAGGCGCCAGGAUGGAUCACUCUGUAAUAACUCUGAUGCAGACAGGUUAUUGAAAUCUUAAGAGGGUUUAUAUGGGCAUACGUUUUAUAUUCACCCCAUCAAAGCAGCUCAAAGUUUAAGUGACUGGCUCAAUGAUUAAAGGAGUAUGGUCACGAAACAACUGAUUAAAACAGCCAGAAUGAGCAGAGAAAGACAGAUUUUCUCUUUAAAGCUGCAUAAAUUAUACAUAAUUUUAAUACACACUAAGGUGCGACGGAUAAAUCAAAAUCCCUGCAGGAUAUGAGCGGACUGUUUUGAUGUGCAGAGGCUGGAUCGCUGUUAGAGUGCAUCUAAGGACAUGGAGGCUUGAGGAUGUUACUUGCAUGUGAUGGCGUGAGCUCGGAUGCUGCAGAGGAGCUCAGCAGACCUCAGGCAGAUGUUAUACUGAUCUCUGUUUACUCCAGAUUAACCUCAGGAAGGCUGGAGGGACUUUGGUUUAUGUUUUGUUUAGUUAUACAAGAGCGGGCUUUUAGAGCAAGUGCAGAGGAAACUAUCAUCAUUUUUUCACAGUUAGGUAAAGUUAAGAAUAAAACACCUUUUUAUUUAUUUACUCCUCUGAUUCAAUGGUGUAGCAUUUUGUUCCUUUCUGCACACCGUAGUUAAGCAACCGCAGUCUCUCCCUGCUUCCUACUACCACCAGAGUUAUCACCCAAUAUUGGAAUUGACUAUAACAAUCUUUUAAAGAUAAUAAUUAAAUAUUGACUUUGUUCUAGAAAUAAGCCAAGGGUAAGACAGUGUAGCUACCUGUUUCACUGUAGGGGGGCAGUAGUGGUUCUUUAUUCUGGUUGCCACCUGACAUAAUGGAGGAAAAAUGAAGAAGACUCAAUAACCAGCUGAUUAAGUUUUAACAGCACAGUGUUGCAACUACUGCAGAGCUAAUCAUGUCAAAGAAGUUGGCAAAGACCCCAGAAAGGGACGCGGACUCUUUUUUAGGUUAGAGGUUUCUGGUCAGAAAUAAAACAAACUUUAAACAGAAUUAGAAAUACAAAACCCAAUUCCAUUGAAGUUGGGAAUUUGUGAUACACGUAAAUGAAAACAGAACACAAUGAUUUGCAAAACCUAAUGAUAAUAAUAAUGUUAGUUAGAUUUGUUUAUUAGUAAAGUUUCUUUGCUUUACUCCUGUAUGAAGCUUUUGGGUUGCGUUUAUUUUGGCGCCCCCUGUGGACAAAGCAGUUUUUUGUAAUUUUUGACCAUGAUAAUUGUGAAGUAAAACUCUGAUAUUACUUUUGAACGACACCUUAUCCCCUCAAAAAAUACAUCACUUGUCUAAGCAGUUUGUCACAAUAAAACAUGUAAUAGUUUGACAGCACUGCUGAUAAAGAAUACAGUCUGUCAGUAGAAUAAUACUGUUAGUAGAUUCAGUUAAAUACACGUGCAGCUCGCCCAUGCAAACACACUCUCCCUUUUCCUGUGGGAAAGUUUUGUUUUGCACAACAAAUUGAUCCACAAAGACAAUAAAGCCUCUAUUAUCUUCUUUUUUUUUUCUCCGUGUAAAACCUUUCCACUGGUGACUCUUCUGUUAUGUGUUUGCAGAGUGAGAGUCUUUAGCAGGAACUCAGACGGCAGAAAGGCCAAAGCAAACUGUCUGAAUACAAAUCAGCUGUUAUAUAACUGAGGCCAACACUGGCUGGUCUGUGCUGCGGCUCCCACUGCAGGUUCAUGAAAAGAAACGACACUCAGACUCAUGUGCAUAAAAAGUGACUCAGAUCAACGGUUCAGACUCUGCACUUCGGUGGUUUGGACUGGGAGGUGGUUUGCAUGCCGACCUUAGGUUCUCGGACAGACUUGGUUAGUUUUGUGGUUUUCUCACUGCUCGCACUUCCUCAUUCAUCUGAGAUACUAUAAACUGCUGAACACUUCUGUAAAAUGAUGGGUUUGAAGAUGUUUUUGAUAGUAGCUGACAGUUUCCCUUUUUCCUCAAAGAUAUUUUGGAUGAGACAAUGAUAAAUGUUUGUGUGAAAAAGUGUUGUUGUAAAACUUGUUGGUUUCUUGGACAGUUUUCUUCUUUAAUCCAGCUGGAGUAAAAGAAGCAUUCCUUUAGGAUAACUGUACAGACGAGAUGCCUGAAGUAAGGCCAAAAAAACGUAUUAUUUUUAUUAUAUAUUUAUUUUUUCAUGAUUAUUCAUUUAUUUCUUCUUAUUUAUUGUUUUGUUUUGUUUUUUUUUUUCGUUUUUUUUAAUUACUAAAUCUCUGUUAAAAAACGGACUAACCCACUGCACUGCUCAGUUGCUAAAUGACUUUGGAGGGUAUUGCAUCAGCGCCAAAAGCAUCACGACCACGUUGUAAUGAAUGCGGUAUGUGACGUUCAGGUACAAUGGGAAAUUCUUUAGUUUCUUUCAUGAGACGCUCAUAUGGUCACGUAGCUUUCCGGAUGAGAUUUUUUUGGCACAUUGCAACAACAUUAGAUCAUAGUAGGACUGAAAAAUGAGGGGAUAUGAUUUGAUGGCUGUUGUUAUAUUUAGCCUCCACGUCAAAUAAUAUUGAUAACUAAUAUUAAAGCCUGGUUCUGAUCAGAAAGAUGCAUUUGGUGAGUUCAAAGCACUAAAGAGUGUUUUCCAUUUAUUUUGAAUUUCUCAUGUAUUUAUUCAUUUAACAUUAUUAUUAUUAUUAUUAUUAUUAUUAUUAUUUAUUUUAUUAUUAUUUUUUUUUUUUUAUUGAUUUUUUUUUUUUUUUGUAACCUUUAUUUACCCAGAUUUGUCCCGUUGAGAUCCAAGAUCUCUUUGGCUAGAUAGACCUGGACAAGAAUGAACAGCACAUACAGUUUCAUAAUUACAUUAAUCAUAUGAAAUACAAAAAAUAAUUGAAUUUAAAAGAUUCUCUCUCUAGGUCGUCCUCAGACAAGCCUUCCAUCGUCGCUUCCAGUCAUCCUGAUUCUGCAUACAUCUCGCCAGUUCGUUGCUAUUUUGAGCUCCUGCAUCCUUCUUGAGUAAUUAAUUUGAUUACACAAAAACAUGAAGAACUUUGAUUUAAAUGAACAUGGGAAACAACAGGAAAAUAAACAACAGGAAACAGGAAAGUAAAUAUAAAAGAGGAUAUUGAUAAUGAUAAUAAAACCAUGAUGGUACUAUUAAUGAUAAAAUGGAAUAAUAAAAAUGAGCAGGAAAAAACAAUAAAAGGCCUAAAAGGUAAAAUAAGAGAAGAUUAUAAGUAAAACAAAGGCUAAAAGGAUAAUAAGUCGAAUUAAGAUUAAAGAGGUAAAAGAGAUCAAAGAAAAAAUAACGCUACCUCUGCAUAAUUUCCACCACUCCCUUGUUUUCAGUGAGGUACCUGAACGCAUCACGAGUCUAUGGUACCACACGAGCGCAUCGAAGGCGCACCGGUCCAACGCCUGUCUCUCGACCAAUCAGAGCGUCUGUGGGGCUGUGACGUACAGUGAGUGUGUCAGUCAUGUUGGGGGUGUAAACCUUCAAAAACCGGUCUGUCUCAUCAGGAAACCCGGAGAAUAACCUUGAUCCUGGUCACUCCAACACCGAGAAGAAACCCGACGACCAUCCGCAUCCAUGUCUGAGUUCGUGCCGAGGUGAGUCAGAUAUUCAUACAUGUUUUUAAACGAAAUAAACUCGCUUUUAUAACGACAAUGGAGCGAUCAUGUCAAAUAUAGAUGAUUUAUUAGACUCAGGAUUCUCCAUCGUGUUUCCAUUUCACUAGAGAAGAAACGAGGAGGCUGAAAUUACUCUGACGCGAAGCUACAUUUUCCAGAAAUCCCCGGAAAGAGAGAAACACGCUCAGGUUUUGUAGUUAAAGCGAGAAAAAUAGUAAAACGCGGAACAGUAAUAAUAAUAAAAAAGCGCGCCUGUCCCGGUCUGGAGAGGAGGAGGAGGAUGCUGCUGCUGCGCUCUCAGGUUAUUUCAUUUUACACUGAUUCAACAAAAAAGACAAAAUAAUCAAUCCUGGUGAUGAUUAGUGGAAAAACACGUGCUCUCUGUGAAUCAGAUCAGAGUGGAAAGGUGUCCACGCGAGGAAAAACCCCACUUGGCACACACACGCUGCGCUUUGACGUCAUUUCUACCAACCCAUUACUAAUGUAGACAAACAUUAUUACUAACAGGAAGUGCGUGUUUCCACUCAGUCCCAUUAUAUGUGUGUGUGUGUGUGUGUGACCCACUUCUUUACCGCGUGGGGUGAUCCACUCAGAGAUAAAAACGACACGAGGAGAAGGACAACUCGGUUUGUCACACAGUGCGCGCACAUGAUCCUCAAAACUCUCCAUACGCAGUGUCACGGCAUCACGUGACGGUUUAACCCUUUAAUACCCACAGUGGAAUUUCAUAAUUAACGAAACACACACACACACACACACAGCAAUUUAAACAGGAGUCGAGUGAACCUGUUGACUUUUCCAAUCAGUCUGAGCAUGCGCAAUAUGUUGUUUAAAACACUGGUUCUGUCUCCACUUCACUUCAACUUUAUUAAGUCCCCAAAAUGGGCAAAUCGGGUUGCAGCAGGUACAGACACUGAAAACACUGCCAGACAUCAUACAAGAAAAUGAAAUACAUUUACAUAAAAAAACAGUUCAGGAGGUAAAAAAAAAAAAAUGGGGAAAUGUGGGUCCCAGAGUGAGACCAGUUGAGAACCACUGACCUAAAUCAAGCUUGAUCCUUCCAAUUCAGUACAAUACAAAAUAAGAAUAAUGAGAAUAAUAGGUAACAAUCUUACUUGCCACCUUUACAAUCCUGUCCAGGGCAUUUUUCUCUCGGGUCCCCAGGUUGCCAUACAACAAAUAAUACAAAAAGAUAUGACCGAUUCAAUAAAACAGCGACAUCAGGGACUUAUCGAUUUGAAAUUUGGCGAGCUUUCUUAAACAACUUAAAGUCAUUGCUGGCCUUUCUUGCACGGCACUUCGGUAUUACAUUUAAAUUUCAGGCUAUUGUCGAUCACAGUGCCUUGAUAUUUAUAGUUAGAUACGAUCUCCACAGCUUCACCCUUGACAACACUCAGUCAUAGUCUGUAUGCCAUGAGGUUUUUUUCGUUUAAAGAUCCUGGAUUUGUUACAGGGGAGAGUGGGGUAAGUUGAGCCACCCCCUGUUGCUUGGAAAUGGUCAAAGAAAUUGAUCAUGUGACCAAAUAUUUAGGAGAUGGGCAUCAAUUCAUGGAGUCUGUGAAGGUUAGAAGCACAUGUGUGAAGAAGUUAGACAUUUAUUACAAAAACAAAAACUUGAACUCUUGAAAGUGAAUUUAGUCUGACAUAAGUUUUAUUAGAAUUGUGUUCAGACCAAAAAAGAUAAUUUUAAAUUUGUUUUACACAUCAAUUGUGGUAUAUAUGAACUACAACAUGAGGUCAAAAACAUAAAAGUCCACCAUUUUAUCUUAGAGGACUAAUAAAGUCAUCAUAGUAGUUCAGGGGUAACUGAGAAAGUAAAGAAGUCUGAUGAGAGGAUCAGAGUUUCAGUUCAGAUUGUUGAAAUGUUUGACUUUUUCUUUUCAAGAAUACAGCUGUGAAUGUUCUGAAUCACUUAAAGACAUUCUCAUGUUAAAAUGACUUUUUUUACAAAACAGCUUUUUAGCAGUUAUAUAUAUAAAAAUACCAGUUCAAAAGCGUAUAAUGGAUAAAAAUACACAUGAAUGUGAAGAAGUGAGUGUUAUUUAGGGAGAGGGAAGUUGACCGUAAGAGACAACUUUCUUGUCAUGCUAUAUUAUCCAGACAGUUCUGUUUACACUCAUUCUGCUGGUUUGAAAUAUAUGCAGAUACACUAGUUAGAGACAAAACUAUGAUUGACUUGAUGUAGUGAUCCGAAAUAUGAAAAAUGGAUCAUCUUACCCCACUCUCCCCUAAAUGUAAGAAAGUGAGAGGUAAUGUUUGCCAGACUUGUUAUUACUGUAUUUCAGUUUUUAUUUGCAAAAAUAAUCAUCUCCAGGAAUUAAAGACGGUUCCUCUGUAAAAAAGGUCAAGGUGGGAUUAGGAGUGAGAGACAAGCGGUGUGAAAACAAAGAUCAGACACACAUUUACAGCUGAGUCACACUCAUAGGGGUAUUACAGAGCGUCUUUGUUAGAAUAAAACAUUAUUCACAACCAAAGCAGUUGUUUAAAGGUUUUCUCUGAUGAAGCUCUGUUGGCACAAUAGAGCCACGUCAGUGUCGUAAACAUAACAGGUUAUUAGGUGUGUCUGUUUGUAGACACAUCACCUAAAGGAGGAUAGAUGUUCUCUCAGGAUCUCCUCCACCGCCUGAAUUCCUCCAGUUUAAUCAGUUAACUCCUGCUUCUUUCCCGGUGACUGAACGCCACAUGACUGUGCAUGCACAGAGGGCAAGGCUGAGGGCAGCGAGUCACGCCACCUUAAAAAAAAAAAAAAAAAAAAAAAGCAGAGGGAUGAUGAUGAUUUUAAUGAAAAAGAACAAACAUAAUAGCACCUCAGAUUCAUCCCACGCUUUCUUGACCUCCCCGGAGCUCAUGUGGGGCUUAAACUUCAGCAGAAUAAUCCCUGUUCUUCUGAAAUGACAUGGUGAAUAAUAACACGAGCGCUGAGUUACGGAGAUAAUUCCCAGGGUUGGAAAUGUCUCAGAGAAACUGCCUCGAAUGAAGGAGAGUUAUCACAGUCAAUGUAACCAUAUGUUUGUUUUAGUAUCCGUGUUGUAUUGACAGGGCCGCCCAGACUCUGAUCUGCCCACAAACUUUGGAGAUUUUAAAGGUCACUACAGCUGACUUAUCUUUCUCGUUUUCUUUCAGUGACAGCUAUGAGGAGUGUCAGGCCACAGCCGAUUGGCUGCUGUCCGCCACACAGAUUCGUCCGACUGUGGGAAUAGUCUGUGGUUCAGGUCUUGGGGGACUCGCUGAGAUUCUGAAGGACCCUCAGGUCAUCAAGUACAGCGACAUUCCCAACUUCCCUCGGAGCACAGGUAUGCACAAACAGCAGCUGUCUGGAAAUGAACACAGCUGUGAGCGCAUGUUUGUAACCUGUACUUAAACGCACCGAGUGACUAAUUUAGUGUGUGUUUGUGUGUGUGUGUUACAGUGCACGGUCACGCAGGCCGGCUGGUAUUUGGAACACUUAAAGGGAAGCCGUGUGUUUGCAUGCAGGGCAGGUUCCACCUGUAUGAGGGCUACGCCAUCCAGAAGGUGAGGCUGAGAGCAGGAGCAGUCAGUAAAGCUCUAUGAAGGCUGCAGAGAGAUCUGUGGUUAACCAGCUUUUUCCCCUCAGCUGUUAUUUCACAAACAUAAGCUUAUACUCCUAAACCCGUGUGUAUGAAACCCUUUAAAACUCUAGCUGUGCACACUGGACACAUUAUUUUGUAACUGUUGAGUGCCCCUGAGGGAAAUAUUGCUAAAUUAAUGGUAAUUGCAGAUUACUUAAUAUCCCUUUUCUUGCCCGUUGCAGCACUAGUCUUUGCUCCUGUUUUGAAACAGUGAGGAGAAACUGAUUUAUAAUUUUCAAUUAAAUGUUUUUCUUCAUCUUAAAGGUCCUUACACACCGGGAAUGAUGCAAAUAUACACCACGAAGUUACGAAAUAUUCAGAGGCGAAUUUUUAUGCGCCUGACUAAACACAUCAAGCGCGAUUUUGCAACUUUCGAGGGAGGGGAAAAGGCGCGUCCCGGGUGGAAGCGAGAAGACUGACCCAACAGCAGACUGAGUGUUUUACAGUUCUGAUCAGACUCUAGUGUUGAGAUGUCUGUCUGUCAUGAUAGCAUGUACUGAGUCGGGGCCAGUACCAGAUAAACACAUUAAACUAUAAUCCAUAAACGUAUAAAUAAAAACAGUUGACGUGUGCCCACCAGUUAUUCAAGGAAGCUGCUCCUCUGAUUGGUCAAACUCGCACCGUUAAUAUCUUUAAUUGGCCUUUUUGAAUGAAUCUGUAUGCAGUUUGUGGUGCUUCUGCAGCCAGCCCCCAGUGGACACUUGAGGAACUGCAGCAACUUCAUUUCUCAGAGGUUGCAGCUUGCUAUUCAUACAGUUGUAUUUAUAAUUCAAGAAACUGCUGGUAGGGGAUAGAAGUCACUCAAACUGUUUCUUGCAAAAGUCCGAUAUGCCUAGGAGAUUUUUCAGGCACAAACGUUCAAAACGAGAACUCUUAUGAUGCGUUCGAGUUACCUUGGAAGUCAGAUGUCCGAGCUGGGAAUGACGUCACACCCUAGUUACCAGCAUUUCAGUCACCAAGUCGGAAAAAAGCAAAAUCAGAAGUGGAAACAAGAUGUUGCAGAAGUGACCGCAUAUUUGUCCAGAAGCGCUAAAAUAACUUGAUGUAACCAUCUUGUUUCCACCUCCGAUUUUACUUUUUCCCAACUUUGUAACUGAAAUGCUGGGAACUCGGGUGUGACGUCAUUUCCAGCUCGGACAUCUGACUUCCGAGGUAACUCAAACUUAACAUUAAAACUCAUGCAAAUGAAACCACUAAAAAAAGGAUGUGCGUUUAGAGAGACAACAUCCUUUAAAGUCAUUUCCUGUGGGGGGGUUUUCAUUCAGCUGGUGUCUGGACACAGUCACAGAUGGAGAUAUCAGAGUGCGUGUUUUCCUGUCUUUAAAAAGCCUCUCCACCGGGAGUUCAUCACAUGCAGGAAACAUUGAAUUAUCUCCGAGCCACGGCUGUUACACUGUGCUAUUUGCACACUUACAACCAGCAGCACAGGACAAGAUUUACAGCUGUCACCAAUGACUGUGAAAAGACUUCAUCAGAUCUUGUUUUACUUCAGAUCACGUUGCCGAUGCGUGUCUUCAAGUUGAUGGGAGUGGAGACGAUGAUCCUGACCAACGCAGCCGGAGGCCUCAACCAGGACUACAAGGUGGGUGACGUCAUGAUCAUCAAGGACCACAUCAACCUGCCGGGGUUCGCUGGAGUCAACCCGCUGAGAGGGCCGAACGAGGAGAGGUGAGGGGAGGAGAGAGAGCGAGAGGAGCGUAUAAUCAUGUUUUUAUUGCUGCAGGUUACGGUCGAUAUUUUCCAUGAAAUUUUUACUCCACUGUUGGAAAAAUCAAAAGAUUUAGACCGGAUAAGAUGGAGAGAGUUUGAGCUUAUAAAGGGCCAGUACACCACAUUUUUUGGACAUAAUACAUAAUUUUUUUCUUUAACAUAUUUUACGAUUUACAUCAUAACUAUUAUAUUCCUCCAGCAAUAAGAGAGCAAAUUAAUUUCAUCUAGAUGUUUCCUCCAAAGAUCAAUUAAGUCUCAUCUUAUUUUUCUAACACUUUCAAGCAGAUUUACUAAUUUUCUGAUUUUGUAUAUCAGCUUCAUGUACCUUUACAGAAAAGACAAUCAGGGGAGGGUGGGGGGAAGAAUACAAUCAUUUUACCCUAUUUCUACGGUGGCCCUGAAGGUCAAAAUAUUUCAAGAAGGUAGGAUAUUUAAUGAAACACAUGAAUAUUUAACAAAAACACAAAAAUGUUUCACUUAAAAACAAAAAUAUAUGUUGAAAAAAAUGAAAAAUUUAGAAUUCUAAAAAUAUUUGCAAAUAAAAUAAUUUUUUGGGGGGAAAUAGAAAAAAACGAAAACAAAAAUGGUAGAAAGACAAAAAUAAAUUUAAAAAGCAUGAAACUGUUUUAGAAACACAAAUAAAAUAUAAAAAAACACAAAAAUAUUGUGAAAACAAAAAAUAAUUACCCAAUCCAUUUGUGUUUUCAUGAUUUUACAAGUGCAUCAUGUCCAACAAAAUAUGUUUUACAAAAUAUAUUUUGUGUUCAAGUGAAAAUUUUUUGUUUUGUUUAAUUUUUUAUGUGUUUUUUGAAAUUUUUUAUCUGUUACCCUCCUGAAAUAUUUAAGCCAUUGACCUUCAGGGCCACCGUACUGUUCCCUUUCAAACAUCAGUGUUGUAUAAAACAUGUAAGUAGAUAUCUAAGCCUUCUUUUGCAUGUAUUGUUUUUUUCCAUUUCUGCUCUUAAGUAUUUUUUUAAAAGUUCUUUAAAUAUUUUUGACCAAAGAUACAAACAAUAUUUUCCUCUGUUUUUGUUGCCAUUUCUUCUGGUCUCUCGUGUAAAAACUUGACCUGGAACAGCUGUAAACUGAGACUGCUGCCAGUAAAAACUUUGUUGUUCUGGUUUCCUUGCCCUCCGGACAUCUCACCUCCUUAACAGCUUUAGCUUCAGAGCAGAACUCUGUGUGAAAUCAGAGCUCUGUCUGACACUGCUGCAGGAGUCCAUGCUAAAAAUCCUCCAUGCCCCAGAUUCACAGCACUUUGGUUUCACCCUGCAACAAAAGAACCUCCUUAACUGAUAUCAGUUUCAUGUUUGCCGAUAAAAAAACACCCCACAGUAGUUUAACGUUGCCCUGGAGUCAGAGCAGCAUGAAUGCUUCUGUUGUUCUCCAGAGGACAGGAAACCUGGUGUGUUGCUGUAACGACACCUUAGUCAUUUGGGGGGAUUUCAGUAUGAAACAGGACUGUUGUGCGAUUGCUCACGCCCUAAUGAACGCCGUUUUCUUCCCUUUAGGUUUGGCACCCGUUUCCCCUGCAUGUCUGACGCUUAUGACCGCGAGCUGAGGCAGCUGGCCCACGAUGUGGCGUCAGAGCUGGGCUUCAGCGACUUCGUGAGGGAGGGAGUCUACUGCGUCCUGGGAGGACCUUCUUUUGAAACCAUCGCUGAGUGUCGCAUGAUGCACAGUCUGGGUGCUGACGCUGUUGGUAAGUAAUGAUUACCCCCACGAAACACAGAAGAUAUUUGUACUUAUGUUGACAUCCCUGAUCCAUGAGUCUAAACCAAACCUAAUCCCUGAAACCAAGAUAAGUUAAAAUCCAGGUUAUGAUAGACACACACAGACGUACAGUGAGUCACUAGACUCCUCUACUUUUACACAACUUCAGAGUUUUCAGCUCUACCUUAGACAGGAUGACUGUCACAUACCCGCGUGUGUCAAUUUCAAAGUCUUUUAGUAGUUUAGUAAGAUCGUUUAACGAAAGAUAGAUCCCAAAUAUGAACACAGACAAAGUUAAAUCACCUGUAAGGAGUUUUUCAACAUUCAAGAAAAACUCCUUACGGGGGGGUUAGUUGAAAACACUUUUCUGGAUCGCCACCACGAUGGAUAAAGAUUGUCAUAAGGUCGCUGCGCCAUCUACAGGAUAAGUCGGGGAACUUUUCAAAUGGCGAAACAUUUUCGAAGUGAAACCAGAUCUUAUUCUCCGCAUUUAAUUUCUGAAAAUAUCGGCGAAAAUCAGUGAGUUUUGGCCGAUAACCAAUUAGUCUCAAACGGGCUAAAAUUGGCCGAUUUAAUCGCCUCGCCAAUAAAUCGGUCGGGCCCAAGUAGAAACAACCUGAUUUUAAAGAUUCCUCAAAAAUAUUUAUAAUUAUGAAACAUCUGACUGUCAAAAGACACGAGGAUGAGAAUAGUGAGAUCUGCUUUGUCCACUGGGGGCGCCAAAGUUGACACAAGUUGAAAGUUCCUCACAAGAGCUUUAAGUUAACAUUGAAACAACUAUUACUAAAAAAUAACAAACCAAUCAUAUCAAACAAUACUCAAACCUUUCAGCAUCUGUAUGAUAAUUGACACAGUUCAUAAUUCAGAGAUCAUAUCAUGACCUCCUCUUUGUCGCCUUGCUGCAGGGAUGAGCACUGUCCAUGAGGUCAUUGUCGCCCGACACGCCGGGAUGCGUUGCUUUGCCCUGUCGUUGAUAAGCAACAAAUCCGUCAUGGACUAUGACAGCGAGGAGAAAGCCAACCACGAGGAGGUCCUGGAGACGGGCAGGCUGAGGGCCGCGCAGCUGGAGAAGAUGGUGUCCAACAUGGUGGCUCGACUGGAGCAGAAUAACAACUCCUACUGAGCGUGACUCUCAUAAAACCUGCUCUUUAGUCGGCUGUCCUUCCUUCUGCUCUCAACGCUACGACACCCUGAAGUUAAAGAGUUCAACUGUACCGCCUGGAAACUGGUCCUUUUUUUUAUUAUACGCUCCUCUGUGGGCAUGUUUACAUCUUCUCUUUUGUACUUAUAGACGAUGCUACAUUAGCGAAGACAAAUUCCUAUUCAGCUGGCUAGUGUUUCAGUGAAACCGCAUCUUAUCUUAACUUCUAACUUAAGAACUUUAACCUUUUUAAAUAUGAAUAUUUAUUGUUUCAGCUCUUUUACAUUCCCUCAUAUCCACUUACGACCAAUAGAAGUGCACUAACAUUCAUCUAAACUUAACCAACUAUCACACCUGUCUGCUAGGUCAUUGCUAAAGAUGACAAUAAAACUUUACUCUCUUUUAGAAGAUGUACAAACUGUACUAAGUAUUUAUACUGAAUGUAUUUAAGUAGAGUUUUUAUUUACUUUGACUAUAUUAAGAGUGUUUGAGGGAUAGAGAUUAUUUCCUGCAUGAGAUUACCAAAGUAGGUAGAUUUAAUCCAAAUCUCCUGACACGUCCGAUCACUGUGUUAGCAGACUGGUUCUCUGCUUUUGGAGGUACUUUACUGAUCUACUGUUGAUCUACUUUUACAAUAAAAUGACUGGAUAUGCAAACAU